CGCUCACUUGUCACCGUUUCUUCCUAAGAUACCGGAAUGGGCAUCCUAGAUGCUAAUGAGUUCGAUCGAAUGAAGGAGCUAAAGGAGUUGGACGACGCGAAGACUGGCGUCAAGGGCCUCGUCGACGAAGGGAUAACAGGAAUACCGAACAUCUUCCUCAGACCAGCCAGUGAACUCGCUGAUGACAAGAUCAAUCUCUCUAUAAGCGACGUCCAUCUUCCGGUCGUUGACCUUAGCCAAAUCCAAUCGCCGGAGAGGCGCAAAACGAUCGUCGAUGAAGUUAAGGCCGCGUCGAGCGAGUGGGGGUUCUUCCGGCUGGUCAACCAUGAUGUCCCGCAUAGUCUGAUGGAGGACAUGCUGCAGGCAAUCCGUGAGUUCCAUGAGGGCGACCCCGAGGAGAAGAAGCGGCUCUACUCGCGAGACGCAAAGAGGACCCUGCUAUACUACACCAACUACAGCUUCUACCACGCGCGGAGCCUGAGCUGGAGGGACAGCUUUGCCGUGAUGUCGCAUUUGUCCGACCCGCUCGAGCUCCCAGCCGCUUGCAGGGAGGCGAUAUGGGAGUACAGGAGGCAGAUGAGAGUGCUUGGAGGUUUGCUCUUGGAGUUGCUGUCUGAAGCUCUAGGGCUCAAACCACGGCACUUGAUAGAGAUGGGUUGUGGCAAGAAACACGACUUGGUGUGCCAUUAUCAUCCGCCAUGUCCAGAGCCAGAUCUGACCUGGGAUCGACACAGCACAGAGACCCCUUCUUCUUGACUGUGCUCUUGCAGGACCAGGUCGGUGGCCUCCAAGUCCUACAUCAGGAUCACUGGGUUGAUGUCAAGCCUGUCCCUGGCAGCUUUGUGGUCAACAUUGGGGACUUU